AUGGAGGAGGUCACCCGGGAGGAGGCAGCCAUAGCCGUGCGCCUUCUGCAGCGGGGGCGUGCUGCGCGGCAGUGCGAGAUCCUGACUGAGGAGCAGAAGCAGGUGCUGGCUGGGAGGCUGAUCAUUGCUGCGUCACAGGGUCAGACCGGCCAAGUGCGGGCACUCCUGGAUGCGGGGUCGCCAGUCAACGCGACAGACGCCAGUGGCGACACUGCCCUGCAUGAAGCAGUGGUGAAUGGCCACGAAGAAACUGUCAAGUGCCUGAUUGAUGCCGGAGCAGGUGUCAACGUCAGGGACUCGGAUGGGAUGACGCCUCUGCACUGGGCUGCAUGUAGAGGUGGCGAGCAGCACAUUGUACGGAUGCAGCUGGCGGCAUCAGCGUGUGUAGAUGUCCAGGACGACGCGGAGGAGACUCCACUCCAUGUGGCUGCCAGAUGGGGGUGUGCAUAUGCAGCGAAGGCACUGCUGCUGGCCGGUGCGAGGAGGGACAUAAGGGGUAACAGUGGGCAGAAGCAGACACGGUACAACUAUUUAGCACUCAACAAAUCUUGUGAUUAA